AAAAAAAAAUGGAAACCUAAUAUCUGACACCAAAGACACUUUCUCAAGUUCUUUACCAAAGUCCGGAGAGAGAGAGACGUCCAACACAGCUUCCCCUGUUUUUCAUUUACCAGAAACGAAACUCAUUUCCUCAUAACGCUUCAUCUGUGCAAAUGGGAAACCUGCUUUGAUCAUGGGGUCGCUUUAAUCAUCUGGAAGGAGAGUCUCGCUUGACCUGAGCACUGGGAUUUGGAUUUCUUUUUGUCUCAAGCUAAAGCUUUUGAUUCUUGAAGCUAAGAAAAAGAUGCCUAGUGAACCCCCGGAAGACAGUGAAAAACCCACAUGUUUUUCUAAGAAUCCACAUUUUUUCAAGAUAAUUCUGAGAGACACUCUUGAAGAGAACAAACUUCGGGUUCCACAUUAUUUUGUGAAGAAAUGUGGAGAAACUUUAACCGAAACGGUAUCUGUCAAACUUCCUUGUGGUUCCAAAUGGGAAAUGAAGUUAGAAAAUUGCAAUGGGCAGUUUUGGUUACAAAAGGGUUGGCCAGAAUUUAUGAAGCAUUAUUCUAUAGAAAGAGGUCAUAUGUUAACUUUUCGAUAUGAUGGGAAUUCUGAACUUUAUGCUGCCAUAUUUGAUAAAACUACUGUGGAGAUAGAUUAUCCCUCUACUUCUGCUCAUUCUGAUAAGUAUGACAUCGAUGAGAAACUCCAAGUUCCCAAGACGGAAGUUAGUGAUGACAGCAUUGAAAUCUUGGAUGAUAUCUCCUAUUGCCACACAUCAGGAGUAAAAUCUCCAUGUUCUCGGUCUCCUAAGAGAAUGAGAACAAGUCCUACAGGAAAUGUUGAUUCACCGUUUGAAUGUGAGCAAGAUCAAUCUACCACCCCAAGAAAGACGAAAUAUGGGAUUCCUAGAAUUAUGAAAGCAUUGCAUACAAGUGAAAAAAAUGCAGCUCUUCAGUGGACUAGUGAUUUUAAAUCUGAACACCCAUUUUUCAAGGUUGUCAUGCAACCAUACUAUAUCCUUGGUAGACGUUUGGCCAUACCAUACCAAUUUGCAAAGAUUCAUCUCAAUAACAGAUUUUAUGAUGUAACCCUCAAAGUUCCAAAUGAGAAGAAAACUUGGCCUGUGAAGUACAGUUUUGGAGAGCAUAAGAAGGCAACACCAAGGUUCGAAACUGGUUGGUUAUUAUUUGCUCAGGACAAUAAUUUGAAAGUGGGUGAUGUCUGUGUGUUUGUCAUGCUUAAGGCAGUAAAUGUUUCAUUUGAAGUUGUAAUAUUAGGUGUUGGAAGAAGCUCAAAAGGUUCUAUGUCCCCAGCUCAUUAUGAAUCAGGAUCCCCUAGCUUUGACAAUUGUUCUCCUGCAAAACAAGUAAACGAAUGCAAUUCAAGUCAGAGUUCAGAGCCACCGAUGGUUGGAAAGCAACUUUCCCCGACUUUUGAUGAGAGAGUUAAAAUUCUUGAAAAUGCUGCUUUGGAAAGUGAAAAACCUUUCUUCAAGAUAGUCAUUCAACCAUCAAAUAAGUGGCAUGUGUGUGUACCAUUAGACUUAGCUGACAAACACAUUGAGAAUGAAGGUACUGUCAUUCUUUCCAUUCCAAGUGGUAGUUGUUGGUCUGCUCAAUUCAGGAGGAGGAAGAACUAUAUAACUGGGAAACCUGUAGCUGUAAUAUGUAGUGGUUGGAAAGAAUUCAUGGCGGACAAUGAUUUGAAGUUGGACGAUGUCUGUGUUUUCGAGCUCCAUAAUGGAACUGAGAUUUCAUUUCAUGUUUCGAUUGUCCGAGUUGCUGUUUCUGAUGAGUUAAAAUGCCAAGGGUCUCAAGUUAAAUAUGAUUUUUUUUAGCAUUGGUGUGUACUCAGUUUAUUUUACGUGACCACUGUAGCUUUUAGUAUUAUAUAAUGGAACUUCUUUGUGUUCAUGUAAUAAUUCCUCAUAAGGUGAGAACAAGACAGGGAGAUGAGGAGAAUUGAAACUGUCAUGAGAUGUGAAGAUGUAUUGAAAAUGGCAUGUGUCUAUACUAAGAAUUAAAGCAUAGAAAAUUAGAAUAUUCCCAAAAGAUUCCUUAUUA